UUUGUUUUGGCCAUCACUACCACCUAUCGAGCACUCGAUACUAGGGCCUAUCGACCUAUUUUCAGCAGCCUAAAGAAAAAAGGCAAUAUUUUGCGAAAAACAGUCGAAACAGAUCAAAAAACACCCGCUUCAUUGGCCAAAGGACAUCUCUUUUAUGCAACGCAAAGAGAGGGCAAACCAGACAAUUGCAGUGUAAGGCAAAUGUGCGCAAAAUGAAAGUGACAAUCAAGUCAUGGACGGGAGUUGCAACUUGGCGUUGGAUAGCGAAUGACGAGAACUGCGGUAUUUGUCGCAUGUCCUUCGAGAGCACCUGCCCGGAGUGCGCGCUGCCCGGUGACGACUGCCCGCUGGUGUGGGGUGUCUGCUCCCAUUGCUUCCACAUGCACUGCAUCGUCAAGUGGCUGAACCUGCAACCGUUGAACAAACAGUGCCCCAUGUGCCGCCAGAGCUGGAAGUUUAACGUGCAUUAA